AUGUUCGCCGUUUUUAAAAAAUCGGCUAAAAUCGAGUCAUUUAACACCACUACUCCCCCACGCGCGCACGAUUCUCAGUCUAGACCAGACUUGUAUAUUAAUAUCAUCGGGGGUAACGUGGAUCAGGAAGGGAUAAGACCGCAGAUCACGCGGGAGAUAAUCGAGCAAUGCAAACUGUGCGUUCAGCAUCUCCCGCCGAAUCAAAUCGUACUUUCCAAGGACAAGGGCUUCACCUUCGACCACGUGUUCGAACCCCACAAGACCCAGAAGGAAGUCUUCGACGCGGCCGUCAAGGACGUGGUCGAUAAAUGUUUCGAAGGUUAUAACGCGACGGUCCUCGCUUACGGCCAGACUGGUUCGGGUAAGACCUACACCAUGGGCACGUUUUACAACUCGAGCGAACCCAGCGAAAACGGUAUAAUAUCUCGGUCCUUGGAACUCUUAUUCGCUCGGUUAAGGACGACACGAGGAGACGAUACCCGCAAAUACUCUCAGCCGAAGGAAACGGAAGCCCACGCUAACGACCAUUUCGAAAUGUCCGUUCAAUUUUUGGAGCUUUACAACGAUGAAAUAGUGGAUCUAUUGAACACGAUCAAACCUAAUGGCUUGAAUACGUCUUCUACUAGUCAGUCGAGUAAAAAGGGGAUGAAUCAAAGUUUCAACACGAGCGUAUCUAGCGGUAGCGGACUCAAGGUGCAGGAAGAUGUUUCUGGGAACGUCUACGUUUCCGGGUUAACUACCAAAAUCGUGAAUCACGAAGAUCAAGUCCUGACAUACUUGAAGAAAGGCAUUCUAUGCAGAACGACCGGUUGCACCGUCAUGAAUUCACUCUCCUCCAGAUCGCACGCUAUAUUCACCAUCAACGCCAAAUUCAAGCGGGGCUCUCUCGCUUACCAUCCUUCCUCUCCAACCACUCGUACCGCCUCACCUACCCCGCCUAAAUUGAUAAAUGGGGACGUUCAGCUGACCGAGGAAAUGCAAAUCGCCAGUGAAAGUUUAACCGAGAACGGGAACGGUAUUCUCGACCCCGAAACGAACGAAUGGCUGAGUUUCAAAUUACAUUUCGUAGAUUUAGCCGGCUCUGAGAGGCUUAAGAGGACCGGGGCCACUGGUCGCAGGGCUAAAGAGAGCAUUCACAUCAACUGCGGACUGUUAGCUUUGGGUAACGUUAUUUCGGCACUCGGUGACAGAUCUAAGAAAGCGACUCAUGUACCGUACAGGGACUCGAAACUCACGAGAUUGUUGCAGGAUUCUUUGGGUGGCAAUAGCCAAACCGUGAUGAUAGCCUGCGUUUCGCCUUCCGACGUCGACUUCGUGGAAACUCUGAAUACGCUAAACUACGCCAAUCGGGCCAAAAAUAUAAAGAAUAAACUAUUCGUCAACCAAUUCUCGGCCUCGAACGGUAGGGAUCUCAUGAGCCAGGUCAUCAUAGCCAAUCUCAAGGCCGAGCUAUGCCGGUUGCAAUGCCAAUUGACGGAAUUGAAGAAGAGCAACACCGCUAACAUACUCACCGAUGCUCAUUCAGCCAAAUCGUCUUCCGAAGAACCUUCCAGACUAGAUCGAGAUUUCGGCCACGUCCAAAAUGGCCAUUACGAAAAUGACGCUGAUGCAUGUAACGUUGACGACUUGAUCGAUAAAUUGCAUUCGGCUAGGGCCGCUUUGGAAUACAUGAUUAACAGUAACUCUAAGCUGUAUUACCGGCUGAAGGCCAGGAAGUAUUGUACCGAUAUCAAAAAUGGAGUCAUAGACAAAGACAAAAGAUCCUGGUACCUCCUCAACAUCAUCAAGAAACGUAUCAGGGAAAGGGAAAUUUGUAGAUGCAAAAUCGUAGAAUUGUCCAACUUAUUCCUCCGCUUCAAACGAAGAUUAUGCAAAGAUACCGAUAAUCUAGAUACUACUGACUCGUCGAAAACCGGUGAAAAAUUAUCUCACGAUUCUCCAGCCAUAAAUCCUUCUAGUCCCAAAUUCAAUCUCGAGAUGAUUCACUUGGUUGAAUUGUCGCUGAGUCAAUUGAAAGGUCUCAGGAAAUGCCUCUCAAAAGAUGAUCUCAUGCCUUGCGAUGAAGACAACGACGAGGCGGCUAUAAACGCCGACGCCCUUUGCGAUUCGAUAGCGGAAGCCGAAUUUCGAGAUAAUAAUUUUCUUUCAAGAAAUCGAACCAUAUCGGCGGCCUCUUCGACAUCCGAAAUCAUUGCUAAAAAUAUGCUGGCCAUUUCCGACCCCGAUAUUCACCAUCGUUCCGAUUACGAGGAUGAGGAAGAUCAAAUUUCCAACCCCGCUUCUGACCUAGCCUCGGUUGACGACGCGGAAAGCGUCCAAUUGCUCAACGAAAUUCAAACCGGGAUCGAUGAAAAAAUUCACUUGAUUCGCGAGCUCAAACGGUCCCAAGUGCAGAUCAAGGAUUUGAAAAGGCAUUACGAACGCCAGCUGGUAAAGAUGGAGGACAAGAUAGAGCAGAUCAACAAGCAAAAACGGGAAACCCUCGUCAAUUUAGAAAACGACAAGAAGGAAGAAAACGGCGAAUUCUACCACGAAAGAAUCAAGAAUCUCAAUCGCGAAAUUCAAAAUUUGAAGGUCGUUAAAAAGGAUCACGCUAAUUUGGUCAAAAAUCUCAAGGAGAAUCAGCUGAAGUUAAAUAUAUUGGAAUCCGAAAUGCUUGAACUCAAACAAACAAAAAUAAAACUGCUCCGCAAAAUCAAAGAGGGUCACAAAACCCUCAAGGACCUCGAAGCCCAAAAGGAAAGGGAGAUUAAUCGUCUCAAGAAGGAAGGGGCUUGUAAAGACAAGACGAUCUCCAAUCUCAAGGCCGAAAAGGUCAAAAGGGAUGACAUGCUCAAGAUCAAGAUGGACGAGUUAAACGUCCUGCGCAAACUCAAACAAAAUAUCCAAGCUCAGCGCAGCAAUGCCGUCGACUCUAAGAGCCAAUCGAAUGGGCCAAUCGGAUCUCGGGGUCGGGAGACUCAUAGUAGCGAACGAGCUCUAGUAGCUCCCUCGAAAUCGAUCUAUAGGAACAAGGCUAGUGAUGCCACCUGGCGGGAACAGCUCAUGACACUCCUGGGUAGUGCUAUAUCCAGGAAGGAAUCGGAGGCCGAGAUGGAAUACUGGAUCAAGAAAAGGGAGGUUCUGGCUUCGAGCUUGGAACAACUCAAUCGUCAUAUUGACGAUAUGGAUCAUUCCGGCAUUAAUGAUACGGACACGGAAUAUGUCGGAGAAAGGAUGAAAGAUCUAAAACUGAAUUUAGAAUUCGUUCAGGAGAAUAUUGACGGGUGUCAGGAGUCCAUCAUGAGCUGCCAGGAAUUCGACAAUAAGAACAACCCUUCUCAGCUCCCUUCCGCUUCAUCCACGCUGGACUCGACGUUGUCCAAAUGUUUGGAGAACAGGCACAAGGCCAGGUACCUCGUCAAUUACCUCAUGGAGAUGCUGAUCGAAAAGAGCUGCGAAAACAAGAAAAACGCCAAGAUUUUGGGAGAACUCAAGGCGCUAAGGGCCCGCGACGAGUCCGAAUUUCGUAUCCAAAAAGAGCUGCUUCUUUACAUGCUCAGGGGCUUUGGCAACGAAUCUUCCCGGGGCAGUAACGGGAAUAUUGAGGAGGGAAGGCUCGGAAAUAGGGAUGACGCCUUCGGAUCGAGUUGUUUGGACGCGGAGUUUGGGAAAAGUGUAGGCGCCAUCUCCGAAGACGUGAACGGGUUGCUCGUCCCGGACAUUUGCCCCGCUUUGUUCAUGGGUGGCGCGACUUACGACAACAUACCCGCGUUAAUGGACGACGAAUUCCCCGAUGAAUUUCUAUUUUACAAACAAGGUGAUAAAAGCUGCGAUAAAUACUCGAGUAACGUGUCUACCUCGUUUUAUUCCGCCAUCAAUUCUUCUACGGAGAACGCCUCUUCCGCCAUCGAAGAUUCCAGAAAGGCAAGAAGAAAAAUUCGUACCUCGAAGGACCUUCUAUACUCUGCCCAAGCGGAACCGGCUACCAAUGGUUAUAACGACUCUAAUAAUGGCGGUCACGACGAUGGUCAAAACUACGAGCUAAAACCUCCUAUCCAUCAACAGAACGGUGGCCUCCCGAUGACGAAGAAACAACCAAAAAUUAGAUUCAAGGACAUCCUGAGCCUAAACCAUGGGGCGGAAAUGACACUACAACCCUCAAUCACGCGCACCGCUAACGGAACUGCCUCACACAACGAAAACGGAUAUGGAAAUAGUCAUUUUCACCAAAAUGGCCUCGAAAAUUCGAUCGCCGUGAAUACGGACGGGAACGAGAAUGACAAAAAUUUCAGCGAAUCUGAUAGGUCCAUCGAUUUGAUAACCAAGACCAGAACGACCGAGUAUCAUAAAGCUUUUCCGGAAAUAACAGAUAAAGGUCAGGGCAAUGACUCUCAGAACAACACCUCCUCAAAAUCUAACUCCAAAUCGCGUUUCAAGGAAAAUAGCGGGGAUUUUCCGCUCGCGCUAUCUCACUGUAUACGAUUGGCUCACGAAAAGUCUGUUCUUUGCCUUGACGCGGCCGACGGAAUGCUGUUUUCUGGAUCCAAAGACCGAUCUGCAAAGGUGUGGGACAUCGCCACGGGCAAGUGCAAACAUUCGUUCGUUUCUCAUCCGAAUCACGUGACCAAAAUAGCCUAUUCCCCUUACACCAACUCUUUGCUCACCUGCUCCCUUUCUUUCGUCAAAAUUUGGGACCUCAGAGCCAAAAAUGAGUGUCUCUGCGUAUUAAAUUCAACCGGGAACAAGUUUUCAUUUUCCUCCGAAAACAUUGGCGGUCAAGAAAUUUUAUCCCGAUCGCCAGAACUCUCCAAUGUUACGGACAUUAAAUUGGGCGGAAGGAAUCAGUGCGUGUUGUACGCCGCCUCCGGCUGCUCCGUCAAAAUAUGGGACCUUAGGAAACUGGCCUGCGUUAAUAACGUGCCCGUCACAUCUCAAUCAAGUAAUGUCACGUGCUUGUCAACAAUCCCUAGAAAUAUAGCGGGGAAAAAUUGCGAUUUAUUACUCUGCGGAACCAAGGAUCAUUAUAUUAAACUAUACGAGGUCGAUAUAUACUCCUCCAUUUCUCAGGAAAAAUGCGUGAGAAUUCCUUGCGUCACGGUUUUCAACCCGCCUCACUACGACGGAGUUCAAUCCUUGGAAUUCGCCCACAACGAUUGCGACCUGGGCGGGAAGAACUCGGAGUUGACAUUUUUUAGCCUAUCCAGGGACAAUUGCUUGAAACAGUGGCGCAUAUCGAAAGACGGCACUUACAGUUUUUCCCAGUUACAGAAUCCGUACACAUCCGUAAACCCUAAAACCAAUGUGCUCAACUGCCUACGUUUUUGUCGAAGCCCGCUAUAUAACCCCUAUCUCCUGGCUGGUUGCAAAAGCGGCAAUCUGCAAGUCUGGAACCUGCUGAAUUUAUCCGAUUCGGAUCGAGAUGAUUGCCUAAAUUCUAACUUGUCGAACAGUUCCAUGUCUCAUCACAUGAAAUCCCAUACGGAUAGGAUAAACGACGUUCACUUCUACGGCGGGUGGGAUAAAGUGAAUGGGAAUACUGACGGGGAUGUCCAAGCGAAUGGGUUUAGCAAUUAUUGCCCCCUAGUUUUUACCGCUUCGAGCGAUCAAACCAUCAAAUUUUGGAGAUUCAAAGAAAACAAAUGAGCCUUUAUAUGUUAUAGAAAGCUGGGGCCGGGGAGAGAUGAUAACUAACAUAUGUUUAUCCAUUCAUUUACUCAGGGAUUUUUUUUGUUCCCUUCUUCAAAAAUAUGAAUCUCUUAUUGUUUCUAUCCUUUUUUUUCUAACAUUUUUUUUUGGAGGGAAGGAAGAAACUAAUUUUAUGCAACAAAAAUUUUUUUUUAAAAUGACUCGACGAUUGAAUGAUCUCUCAUAUCGCUGAUAUAUGUUCUUCUUACAUUGAACUAAAUUUGGUAAUAUGAACAUUUGCCUUAUUCAUCUACGUGGCUGACUUAUUCGAUGAGAUUUUUUUUGAUUGGGGGGAUAUUUGACACAUUUUAUAAUCUUUUAACCCGAAUGAAUAGCAAAUUAUGACUAAAAAAAUUAGGAAUCAAAUAUUUUUAAUCGUUGAUAUCCCCUAUAAUUAUAAAGUGAAAUUAGAAAAUUGGGAUAUAUUAAAAGUGCAGAUAAAAUUUAAUUUAUUUUCGAACUAAAACUAACAAUAUAGCUUUUAAUUAAAUCACAUAUAUAUUAUAGUGUAUUUUUUUUAAAAAACUUAAGUGUUCUAAAAAUGGCGUUAUGUGAUUAAAACAAAUAUAUAUAUAUAUAAACACGUUUUAUGUUUUAUUUUAUA